CCCCUGCCCGUUGCUGCCCCUCCCCUUGCCCCCUCAACUCCCCUGCCCCCCGUACACCCCACUCCCGUCCAACCGCCCCCACCCUCCCCCGGCUGCCCGUUUCCGCUCUCCACCCCCGCGACCGUGUGCGGCUUCCAACCGCCCAACGGUGUCACACCCCCUGCCCCCUCAUGCCAUCCGCUCCCCCCGCCCCUACCCUCCGCGUGCCCGCUCCCUCGCCGCCUCUUUUGACCCUCCCUGCCCCCCUCGCCGUUACCCACCGCUCGCCAUUCGCUCCUCCCCGCCCGUGCCCUCCCCUCGUUUACCUUCGCCUCCCCCCUCCCCUCCUCUGCUGCACGCCUCUUCCUUCCCCUCGCUAACCCACUCCACUCCCUGCCCCUCCUCAAUCCGCACCCUGCCCCUCGUUUCUCGCCCCCCUACGCUUGGUUUCUCCCCUCCCUGCCCCUCGCCGCCUUUCUCCGCUCCCCACCUCCCCCCUCUCCCUGCCCCCCCACUCUCCUCCACUUGCCCUUGGCUUCCCACCUCCCUGCCCCACCUUUCCCCCCUCCGUGUGCUCAGCUUCUCCCCUCCCUGCCUCUCCCUCCUCCCCGCCCUGCCCCUCAUUUUCCGCCCCCCCACGCCCGGUUUCUCCCCUCCCUGCACCUCCCUUUCUUUCUCCGUGCCUCUCCUUUGCUCCCUCCCUGCCCCCGCCUGCCCAUGCCCCUGUCUUUGGUUUCUCCCCUCCCUGCCCCACGUUUCUUCCCUCCCUGAGAUCACCUUGUACCCCCUCUGCCCCUCCCUUGUUCUCCCCGCACCCAUUGCUUCUCCCCUCCCUGCCCUUGAUUUCCCGCACCCCUGCCCUUGUUUCCUACCAUCCAUGCCCCUCGUUUCCCCUCUUUGUACGUUCACCCUCUUCCCUCCCUGCCCCUCCCUUCCUCCCCCCCUGCCCUUUGCUUUCCCCUCCCCCUGCCCGUUGCUGCCCCUCCCCUUGCCCCCUCAACUCCCCUGCCCCCCGUACACCCCACUCCCGUCCAACCGCCCCCACCCUCCCCCGGCUGCCCGUUUCCGCUCUCCACCCCCGCGACCGUGUGCGGCUUCCAACCGCCCAACGGUGUCACACCCCCUGCCCCCUCAUGCCAUCCGCUCCCCCCGCCCCUACCCUCCGCGUGCCCGCUCCCUCGCCGCCUCUUUUGACCCUCCCUGCCCCCCUCGCCGUUACCCACCGCUCGCCAUUCGCUCCUCCCCGCCCGUGCCCUCCCCUCGUUUACCUUCGCCUCCCCCCUCCCCUCCUCUGCUGCACGCCUCUUCCUUCCCCUCGCUAACCCACUCCACUCCCUGCCCCUCCUCAAUCCGCACCCUGCCCCUCGUUUCUCGCCCCCCUAUGCUUGGUUUCUCCCCCCCUGCCCUUUGCUUUCCCCUCGUUACGCUCCCUUCUCCCCAUCCCUGCUGCCCUCUUACCACCAUCAGCCCCCCCUGCCCGUUGCUGCCCCUCCCCUUGCCCCCUCAACUCCCCUGCCCCCCGUACACCCCACUCCCGUCCAACCGCCCCCACCCUCCCCCGGCUGCCCGUUUCCGCUCUCCACCCCCGCGACCGUGUGCGGCUUCCAACCGCCCAACGGUGUCACACCCCCUGCCCCCUCAUGCCAUCCGCUCCCCCCGCCCCUACCCUCCGCGUGCCCGCUCCCUCGCCGCCUCUUUUGACCCUCCCUGCCCCCCUCGCCGUUACCCACCGCUCGCCAUUCGCUCCUCCCCGCCCGUGCCCUCCCCUCGUUUACCUUCGCCUCCCCCCUCCCCUCCUCUGCUGCACGCCUCUUCCUUCCCCUCGCUAACCCACUCCACUCCCUGCCCCUCCUCAAUCCGCACCCUGCCCCUCGUUUCUCGCCCCCCUACGCUUGGUUUCUCCCCUCCCUGCCCCUCGCCGCCUUUCUCCGCUCCCCACCUCCCCCCUCUCCCUGCCCCCCCACUCUCCUCCACUUGCCCUUGGCUUCCCACCUCCCUGCCCCACCUUUCCCCCCUCCGUGUGCUCAGCUUCUCCCCUCCCUGCCUCUCCCUCCUCCCCGCCCUGCCCCUCAUUUUCCGCCCCCCCACGCCCGGUUUCUCCCCUCCCUGCACCUCCCUUUCUUUCUCCGUGCCUCUCCUUUGCUCCCUCCCUGCCCCCGCCUGCCCAUGCCCCUGUCUUUGGUUUCUCCCCUCCCUGCCCCACGUUUCUUCCCUCCCUGAGAUCACCUUGUACCCCCUCUGCCCCUCCCUUGUUCUCCCCGCACCCAUUGCUUCUCCCCUCCCUGCCCUUGAUUUCCCGCACCCCUGCCCUUGUUUCCUACCAUCCAUGCCCCUCGUUUCCCCUCUUUGUACGUUCACCCUCUUCCCUCCCUGCCCCUCCCUUCCUCCCCCCCUGCCCUUUGCUUUCCCCUCGUUACGCUCCCUUCUCCCCAUCCCUGCUGCCCUCUUACCACCAUCAGCCCGUCCCCACCACCAGCCCCCCUCCCACCCUUCUCCCCCCCCCCCCUCUCCCUCUCUCUCUCUCUCUCUCUCUCUUUCUCUCGCACACACACACACACACACACUCCCCUCCCCCACCCCCCACCCACAUCCUCCCGUUCUGCCCCUCCCUGCCCCUGUUCCACCCCCUCGCACGCCCCUCACCUCUCACCUCCGUUCAACUGGAUUCCCCCCCUCUGGUGCAUCCCUUGCAUCGCUCGCCCCUCUGCUCACCCUCUGCCCGCCCCUUUUCCUUGCCCUCAGCUGGCCCAGCCCCUGCCCGUUGCUGCCCCUCCCCUUGCCCCCUCAACUCCCCUGCCCCCCGUACACCCCACUCCCGUCCAACCGCCCCCACCCUCCCCCGGCUGCCCGUUUCCGCUCUCCACCCCCGCGACCGUGUGCGGCUUCCAACCGCCCAACGGUGUCACACCCCCUGCCCCCUCAUGCCAUCCGCUCCCCCCGCCCCUACCCUCCGCGUGCCCGCUCCCUCGCCGCCUCUUUUGACCCUCCCUGCCCCCCUCGCCGUUACCCACCGCUCGCCAUUCGCUCCUCCCCGCCCGUGCCCUCCCCUCGUUUACCUUCGCCUCCCCCCUCCCCUCCUCUGCUGCACGCCUCUUCCUUCCCCUCGCUAACCCACUCCACUCCCUGCCCCUCCUCAAUCCGCACCCUGCCCCUCGUUUCUCGCCCCCCUACGCUUGGUUUCUCCCCUCCCUGCCCCUCGCCGCCUUUCUCCGCUCCCCACCUCCCCCCUCUCCCUGCCCCCCCACUCUCCUCCACUUGCCCUUGGCUUCCCACCUCCCUGCCCCACCUUUCCCCCCUCCGUGUGCUCAGCUUCUCCCCUCCCUGCCUCUCCCUCCUCCCCGCCCUGCCCCUCAUUUUCCGCCCCCCCACGCCCGGUUUCUCCCCUCCCUGCACCUCCCUUUCUUUCUCCGUGCCUCUCCUUUGCUCCCUCCCUGCCCCCGCCUGCCCAUGCCCCUGUCUUUGGUUUCUCCCCUCCCUGCCCCACGUUUCUUCCCUCCCUGAGAUCACCUUGUACCCCCUCUGCCCCUCCCUUGUUCUCCCCGCACCCAUUGCUUCUCCCCUCCCUGCCCUUGAUUUCCCGCACCCCUGCCCUUGUUUCCUACCAUCCAUGCCCCUCGUUUCCCCUCUUUGUACGUUCACCCUCUUCCCUCCCUGCCCCUCCCUUCCUCCCCCCCUGCCCUUUGCUUUCCCCUCCCCCUGCCCGUUGCUGCCCCUCCCCUUGCCCCCUCAACUCCCCUGCCCCCCGUACACCCCACUCCCGUCCAACCGCCCCCACCCUCCCCCGGCUGCCCGUUUCCGCUCUCCACCCCCGCGACCGUGUGCGGCUUCCAACCGCCCAACGGUGUCACACCCCCUGCCCCCUCAUGCCAUCCGCUCCCCCCGCCCCUACCCUCCGCGUGCCCGCUCCCUCGCCGCCUCUUUUGACCCUCCCUGCCCCCCUCGCCGUUACCCACCGCUCGCCAUUCGCUCCUCCCCGCCCGUGCCCUCCCCUCGUUUACCUUCGCCUCCCCCCUCCCCUCCUCUGCUGCACGCCUCUUCCUUCCCCUCGCUAACCCACUCCACUCCCUGCCCCUCCUCAAUCCGCACCCUGCCCCUCGUUUCUCGCCCCCCUAUGCUUGGUUUCUCCCCCCCUGCCCUUUGCUUUCCCCUCGUUACGCUCCCUUCUCCCCAUCCCUGCUGCCCUCUUACCACCAUCAGCCCCCCCUGCCCGUUGCUGCCCCUCCCCUUGCCCCCUCAACUCCCCUGCCCCCCGUACACCCCACUCCCGUCCAACCGCCCCCACCCUCCCCCGGCUGCCCGUUUCCGCUCUCCACCCCCGCGACCGUGUGCGGCUUCCAACCGCCCAACGGUGUCACACCCCCUGCCCCCUCAUGCCAUCCGCUCCCCCCGCCCCUACCCUCCGCGUGCCCGCUCCCUCGCCGCCUCUUUUGACCCUCCCUGCCCCCCUCGCCGUUACCCACCGCUCGCCAUUCGCUCCUCCCCGCCCGUGCCCUCCCCUCGUUUACCUUCGCCUCCCCCCUCCCCUCCUCUGCUGCACGCCUCUUCCUUCCCCUCGCUAACCCACUCCACUCCCUGCCCCUCCUCAAUCCGCACCCUGCCCCUCGUUUCUCGCCCCCCUAUGCUUGGUUUCUCCCCCCCUGCCCUUUGCUUUCCCCUCGUUACGCUCCCUUCUCCCCAUCCCUGCUGCCCUCUUACCACCAUCAGCCCGUCCCCACCACCAGCCCCCCUCCCACCCUUCUCCCCCCCCCUCUCCCUCUCUCUCUCUCUCUCUAUCUCUCUCACUCUCUCUCUCUCUCUCUCUUUCUCUCGCACACACACACACACACACACUCCCCUCCCCCACCCCCCACCCACAUCCUCCCGUUCUGCCCCUCCCUGCCCCUGUUCCACCCCCUCGCACGCCCCUCACCUCUCACCUCCGUUCAACUGGAUUCCCCCCCUCUGCCCCUGCCCGUUGCUGCCCCUCCCCUUGCCCCCUCAACUCCCCUGCCCCCCGUACACCCCACUCCCGUCCAACCGCCCCCACCCUCCCCCGGCUGCCCGUUUCCGCUCUCCACCCCCGCGACCGUGUGCGGCUUCCAACCGCCCAACGGUGUCACACCCCCUGCCCCCUCAUGCCAUCCGCUCCCCCCGCCCCUACCCUCCGCGUGCCCGCUCCCUCGCCGCCUCUUUUGACCCUCCCUGCCCCCCUCGCCGUUACCCACCGCUCGCCAUUCGCUCCUCCCCGCCCGUGCCCUCCCCUCGUUUACCUUCGCCUCCCCCCUCCCCUCCUCUGCUGCACGCCUCUUCCUUCCCCUCGCUAACCCACUCCACUCCCUGCCCCUCCUCAAUCCGCACCCUGCCCCUCGUUUCUCGCCCCCCUAUGCUUGGUUUCUCCCCCCCUGCCCUUUGCUUUCCCCUCGUUACGCUCCCUUCUCCCCAUCCCUGCUGCCCUCUUACCACCAUCAGCCCCCCCUGCCCGUUGCUGCCCCUCCCCUUGCCCCCUCAACUCCCCUGCCCCCCGUACACCCCACUCCCGUCCAACCGCCCCCACCCUCCCCCGGCUGCCCGUUUCCGCUCUCCACCCCCGCGACCGUGUGCGGCUUCCAACCGCCCAACGGUGUCACACCCCCUGCCCCCUCAUGCCAUCCGCUCCCCCCGCCCCUACCCUCCGCGUGCCCGCUCCCUCGCCGCCUCUUUUGACCCUCCCUGCCCCCCUCGCCGUUACCCACCGCUCGCCAUUCGCUCCUCCCCGCCCGUGCCCUCCCCUCGUUUACCUUCGCCUCCCCCCUCCCCUCCUCUGCUGCACGCCUCUUCCUUCCCCUCGCUAACCCACUCCACUCCCUGCCCCUCCUCAAUCCGCACCCUGCCCCUCGUUUCUCGCCCCCCUAUGCUUGGUUUCUCCCCCCCUGCCCUUUGCUUUCCCCUCGUUACGCUCCCUUCUCCCCAUCCCUGCUGCCCUCUUACCACCAUCAGCCCCCCCUGCCCGUUGCUGCCCCUCCCCUUGCCCCCUCAACUCCCCUGCCCCCCGUACACCCCACUCCCGUCCAACCGCCCCCACCCUCCCCCGGCUGCCCGUUUCCGCUCUCCACCCCCGCGACCGUGUGCGGCUUCCAACCGCCCAACGGUGUCACACCCCCUGCCCCCUCAUGCCAUCCGCUCCCCCCGCCCCUACCCUCCGCGUGCCCGCUCCCUCGCCGCCUCUUUUGACCCUCCCUGCCCCCCUCGCCGUUACCCACCGCUCGCCAUUCGCUCCUCCCCGCCCGUGCCCUCCCCUCGUUUACCUUCGCCUCCCCCCUCCCCUCCUCUGCUGCACGCCUCUUCCUUCCCCUCGCUAACCCACUCCACUCCCUGCCCCUCCUCAAUCCGCACCCUGCCCCUCGUUUCUCGCCCCCCUACGCUUGGUUUCUCCCCUCCCUGCCCCUCGCCGCCUUUCUCCGCUCCCCACCUCCCCCCUCUCCCUGCCCCCCCACUCUCCUCCACUUGCCCUUGGCUUCCCACCUCCCUGCCCCACCUUUCCCCCCUCCGUGUGCUCAGCUUCUCCCCUCCCUGCCUCUCCCUCCUCCCCGCCCUGCCCCUCAUUUUCCGCCCCCCCACGCCCGGUUUCUCCCCUCCCUGCACCUCCCUUUCUUUCUCCGUGCCUCUCCUUUGCUCCCUCCCUGCCCCCGCCUGCCCAUGCCCCUGUCUUUGGUUUCUCCCCUCCCUGCCCCACGUUUCUUCCCUCCCUGAGAUCACCUUGUACCCCCUCUGCCCCUCCCUUGUUCUCCCCGCACCCAUUGCUUCUCCCCUCCCUGCCCUUGAUUUCCCGCACCCCUGCCCUUGUUUCCUACCAUCCAUGCCCCUCGUUUCCCCUCUUUGUACGUUCACCCUCUUCCCUCCCUGCCCCUCCCUUCCUCCCCCCCUGCCCUUUGCUUUCCCCUCCCCCUGCCCGUUGCUGCCCCUCCCCUUGCCCCCUCAACUCCCCUGCCCCCCGUACACCCCACUCCCGUCCAACCGCCCCCACCCUCCCCCGGCUGCCCGUUUCCGCUCUCCACCCCCGCGACCGUGUGCGGCUUCCAACCGCCCAACGGUGUCACACCCCCUGCCCCCUCAUGCCAUCCGCUCCCCCCGCCCCUACCCUCCGCGUGCCCGCUCCCUCGCCGCCUCUUUUGACCCUCCCUGCCCCCCUCGCCGUUACCCACCGCUCGCCAUUCGCUCCUCCCCGCCCGUGCCCUCCCCUCGUUUACCUUCGCCUCCCCCCUCCCCUCCUCUGCUGCACGCCUCUUCCUUCCCCUCGCUAACCCACUCCACUCCCUGCCCCUCCUCAAUCCGCACCCUGCCCCUCGUUUCUCGCCCCCCUACGCUUGGUUUCUCCCCUCCCUGCCCCUCGCCGCCUUUCUCCGCUCCCCACCUCCCCCCUCUCCCUGCCCCCCCACUCUCCUCCACUUGCCCUUGGCUUCCCACCUCCCUGCCCCACCUUUCCCCCCUCCGUGUGCUCAGCUUCUCCCCUCCCUGCCUCUCCCUCCUCCCCGCCCUGCCCCUCAUUUUCCGCCCCCCCACGCCCGGUUUCUCCCCUCCCUGCACCUCCCUUUCUUUCUCCGUGCCUCUCCUUUGCUCCCUCCCUGCCCCCGCCUGCCCAUGCCCCUGUCUUUGGUUUCUCCCCUCCCUGCCCCACGUUUCUUCCCUCCCUGAGAUCACCUUGUACCCCCUCUGCCCCUCCCUUGUUCUCCCCGCACCCAUUGCUUCUCCCCUCCCUGCCCUUGAUUUCCCGCACCCCUGCCCUUGUUUCCUACCAUCCAUGCCCCUCGUUUCCCCUCUUUGUACGUUCACCCUCUUCCCUCCCUGCCCCUCCCUUCCUCCCCCCCUGCCCUUUGCUUUCCCCUCGUUACGCUCCCUUCUCCCCAUCCCUGCUGCCCUCUUACCACCAUCAGCCCCCCCUGCCCGUUGCUGCCCCUCCCCUUGCCCCCUCAACUCCCCUGCCCCCCGUACACCCCACUCCCGUCCAACCGCCCCCACCCUCCCCCGGCUGCCCGUUUCCGCUCUCCACCCCCGCGACCGUGUGCGGCUUCCAACCGCCCAACGGUGUCACACCCCCCUGCCCCCUCAUGCCAUCCGCUCCCCCCGCCCCUACCCUCCGCGUGCCCGCUCCCUCGCCGCCUCUUUUGACCCUCCCUGCCCCCCUCGCCGUUACCCACCGCUCGCCAUUCGCUCCUCCCCGCCCGUGCCCUCCCCUCGUUUACCUUCGCCUCCCCCCUCCCCUCCUCUGCUGCACGCCUCUUCCUUCCCCUCGCUAACCCACUCCACUCCCUGCCCCUCCUCAAUCCGCACCCUGCCCCUCGUUUCUCGCCCCCCUAUGCUUGGUUUCUCCCCCCCUGCCCUUUGCUUUCCCCUCGUUACGCUCCCUUCUCCCCAUCCCUGCUGCCCUCUUACCACCAUCAGCCCCCCCUGCCCGUUGCUGCCCCUCCCCUUGCCCCCUCAACUCCCCUGCCCCCCGUACACCCCACUCCCGUCCAACCGCCCCCACCCUCCCCCGGCUGCCCGUUUCCGCUCUCCACCCCCGCGACCGUGUGCGGCUUCCAACCGCCCAACGGUGUCACACCCCCUGCCCCCUCAUGCCAUCCGCUCCCCCCGCCCCUACCCUCCGCGUGCCCGCUCCCUCGCCGCCUCUUUUGACCCUCCCUGCCCCCCUCGCCGUUACCCACCGCUCGCCAUUCGCUCCUCCCCGCCCGUGCCCUCCCCUCGUUUACCUUCGCCUCCCCCCUCCCCUCCUCUGCUGCACGCCUCUUCCUUCCCCUCGCUAACCCACUCCACUCCCUGCCCCUCCUCAAUCCGCACCCUGCCCUUUGCUUUCCCCUCCCCCUGCCCGUUGCUGCCCCUCCCCUUGCCCCCUCAACUCCCCUGCCCCCCGUACACCCCACUCCCGUCCAACCGCCCCCACCCUCCCCCGGCUGCCCGUUUCCGCUCUCCACCCCCGCGACCGUGUGCGGCUUCCAACCGCCCAACGGUGGUGCGCACGGGGCGUUUCUUCGCGCGGGCAAGCCUCCCCGGGGGCCCCCCACCCCGCUGA